AUGCCGCGCCCUUCAAGAAUUGCCCUACUCCGCCAUUUGGCCGAUACCAUCACUUCGGCACUCUCCAGAGUCACCUUCAAGCAGAAGCAGAAGCAGAGCCUACCUCUACCCUCUACCGGUACCGCUGUCAAGAAGGCAAAGAAGUCAAAAUCCUCAUCCGCCGAAAAGAGACGCGGCAGAUCCGAUCGAAAGGCCGACCACACCGACCGUGAAGACAACAAUGACCACCUCGACUGGGAACCUUUCUGCCUCUACUAUGCUACAUCAUGGCAUACACGGCCACAUGGUCACCCGAGAAGAGCAUAA